AUGAACUUUCAUUAGUAGGACAGCGAUUUAUUAACCUCUAAACUUACCAAUCAUGUGACAUCAAAAUUGGUUACUUAAGGUUUAGGUGUAUUAGAACAAAGUGAUAGUAGCUAUUCAUCCUAACAAUUAUGCUCUGUAGUUUAUUUAUACAUAAUUUUGAUAGAGUGAGCAAAAUAGUGAUAGGAGUAUCAAUUUAAAUACAAGUUCAUUUAAAAAAGUUAGUAAAAGCACUCUUGAUCUAUAGAACUUGACUAGCAAACAUGCUUAUAUUUGUGCACAUUUUAAUUUCUUAGGUAAUUGCCACUAAGAACAUUGCAAGUAUACUUUAAAAAAAUGUUUAGGAAAAAGCAUAUAUAUAUUACUAAAGAAGAUGGAUUAAGUGAACUCAUAUCUGACAAUAUUGAUCUAAUAGAUAACCUAACUCGAUGUGGAAAGAAACUCAAAUUGCAUCAAUCUACUUAUAGAACUUAACUAGCCUAAUAUAGAAAAUACAAAUCUAAUAGUAAUCAAAUUUAUGAUAAAUUUGAAUCCAAAUUCUCAGAUUAAGAAUAAAUCAUUUUAAGAGAUUUUCCUAUUGAAAACUUAUGCAAUUUAAAUGAUUUAUCAUUUAAAGCAGAUAAAAUCAAAUCUCAGCCAGAUAUCAAUACUGAUUCUGAGAGUAAAUCUAUUAAUCGUUUGAUUAAACCAAAACCUAGAGUGGAUUAUAAAUAAGUAUCGGAAAUAUUAGAAAAUUGUACAUCUCCUUUAUAAAUUUCCUCUGAGAUUAAGAAUAAUCUUAUGUCAAAACUAAAAUCAGACAUUUAGAGAAUGAAAGAAAAAAUUAAAAUAAUCACAAUGUUAAAAAAAUGGAUAAAUAAUUAAUAAGUUGAUUUUAAUGAAUACAUAACUUUAUAGUCUUCCCUCUCAUAAAUCCAAUAGAUACAUUACUCUAAUUUCCUCAAACUUACAAAUAUGUCAAUUCCAAGUAAAAAUUAAUAUAAAUCUUAUAGAUUAAGUAUGUAUCAAUCAAUAGUUUCAAUAUAACUAAAAUAUUUGA